AUGAGUUGCUUAGCAUGGAACUGUCGUGGGCUUGGGAACCUACGUACAGGUAGAGAGCUUGUGGAAAUUACGCGGGCAAAAGAUCCCUCUAUAGUGUUUUUGGCCGAGACACUCACAGAUGAUGCAAGGCUAGAAAUUGUACAAAGAAGUAUUGAGUUUGACCAUCGAUGGGUUGUCCCAAGGGAAGGGAGAGGUGGAGGAUUGGCUUUAUUUUGGAAGUCUUCAAUCAAUCUGACCGUAGUAGAUUCUUCGAAGUAUUAUAUUCAUGCAGUCAUCAAUAAGGAUUCAGAAAAUGAAUGGCGGUUGACAGGUUUUUAUAGUGAACCAGAGAGAGCAAGGAGAAUUGAAGCAUGGGAUCAACUUAGGUACCUCAACUCUCAUUCUAAUACUCCAUGGUUGUGUGUUGGGGAUUUUAAUGAGAUCAUUAGGCAAGAUGAGAAGGUGGGAGGUGGAAUUAGGCCUCACAAUCAAAUGCAACUUUUUAGAGAAGUAAUAGAUGAGUGUGGGUUUAUGGAUUUGGGAUAUGUGGGUUCUAAAUUCACUUGGGCUAGGCAUUUUGAGAAUGGAAGCUCGAUAUGGGAAAGAUUAGAUAGAGGUUUAGCCACAAACAGUUGGUUUUUGAAAUUUCCCGGGACUAAGGUUCAUCACUUGCGUUGUGAUUCUUCUGAUCAUAUCCCCCUUCACAUUAUUUUCUCGGGUUUGGAAUCACACAGUAGAAAGAAGCCGUUUAGAUUUGAGGAAAUGUGGCUUUCCAAUCCGGGUUGUAAUGAUAUUGUUGAAGCAGUAUGGCAUAACUCUAGUACCAUUGAGUCUAGUGUGGGUAUUUUACAUAGGGUGGAGAAGUGUGGUAGGGAUCUAAGUUGGUGGAAUAAGAAUGUAUUUGGGAAUGUGCGGAGGGAGUUGGAUAAAUUGAGGAAAUUACUCCUCAAGGCCGAAGGUGUGGCUGUCCUUAGUGGGGAUAAUACUAGGGUUAGGCAGUUGAAGAAGGAGAUUGAAGUGUUGAGGGAUAGGGAGGCAACUAUGUGGGCCCAAAGGUCGAGGUUACUAUGGGCAAGACAAGGGGAUAAAAAUACGAAAUACUUUCAUAGCUGUGCCACAAAGAGGUUUAGGAAAAAUUUGAAUGAGGGUGUUAGAGAUGGAGAUGGUAUUUGGAAGGCCCAUCCGGAGGAGAUAGCACCUGUUUUUGUCAACUACUUUAACACACUUUUCUCUUCAUCAGGAUAUAAUGGGUUUGAAAGAGUGUUGGAGUUUGUACCUAAUGUUAUUACAGAUGAGAUGAAUUCUUCACUUAGCCGUGCCUUUGAUGCAAGUGAAGUUCAAGUGGCGUUGAAUCAAAUGGCUCCUUUAAAAGCUCCUGGACCGGAUGGAAUGCCCCCACUUUUCUACCAACAUUUUUGGGGCACGGUAAACUAUGAUGUCACUUCUUCCAUUUUGAUGUGGUUAAAUUCAGAUGAUUGUCUUCUCUUUUGCAGGGCAACCAUGGAGGAGUGUGGGAGGGUGCUGGAUAUUUUGAAUGCUUAUGAAGAGGCAUCAGGACAAAAAAUUAACAAAGCCAAAACAGCCCUUUUCUUUAGCAAAGCAACUGAUGAUGCAAUAAAGAAUAAUAUCAAAGAAGCUUGGGGAGUUCCAGAAAUUAUGCAGUAUGAGGAGUAUUUGGGUCUACCAUCCUUGGUUGGGAAAGGGAAAAAAGCAAGCUUCAACUACAUUAGGGAGAGGAUGUGGAGAAAAAUUCAAGGUUGGGAAGGGAAGCUACUCUCACAAGCAGGUAGGGAGGUGUUGAUAAAAUCAGUCAUCCAAGCCAUCCCAACAUACACAAUGGGAUGUUUCAAAAUUCCCUUGGGAUUAUGCGAUGAGAUUGAAGCUAUGAUUAAAAAUUUUUUUUGGGGACAACGAGGUGACCGGAGGAAAAUUCAUUGGGUUAAAUGGGAUGACCUAACUAAACCAAAAGUAGUGGGUGGUAUGGGUUUUAAAGAUCUUGCCAUGUUCAACGAUUCACUCCUAGCAAAACAAGCUUGGCGGCUUUUGCAUGAUCAUAAUACUCUCUUCUACAAGGUCUUUAAGGCAAGGUUUUUUCCCAAUACAACGAUCAUGGAGGCUAAGGAUUCAAGAUUGGGCUCUUAUGCAUGGAAGAGCAUUCUCAUUGGGAGGGAUGUGAUUCAAAGGGGAGCGAGGUGGAGGGUUGGAAAUGGGAAAAAAAUUAGAGUUUGGCAGGAUCAAUGGCUGCCAAGGAAGCAUCCUCCCUUGUUAUCUAAUUGUCCAAUUGUAGACUUUGAAGACUCAACUGUGGAUAUCCUCAUCGAUCCACAAACUAGGCAAUGGAACGUAGAGAUGGUGGAGGGUUUAUUCCAUGAGGAAGAAGCUGAUUUAAUCAAGAAUAUUCCAUUAGGCCGAACUGAGGCAGAGGACGUUCUGUUUUGGCCUUAUUCAAGCAAUGGGGUGUACAGCUGCAAAUCAGGAUACAAAUUCCUAAAAACGGAGGAAGAAUUGAUGGAGAGAGCUUAUGACUUGGCAACAACUGAUGACACACAAGUAUGGAAGCAGAUUUGGUCCAUGAAUGUGCCACAAAAAGUGAAGACCUUACUGUGGAGGGCGUGCCGUGAAGCCAUGCCAACAAAAAUUGCUCUGUUUCGACGCAGAAUUACAGAGGAUGACUUGUGUGUGAGGUGCCGAGAUGAUACAGAAAAUUCACUCCACGCACUGUGGUCGUGCUCUGAGCUUGAUUUGGUUUGGGCAAAUCCGGAACAGUGGAGUUUCAGAGGUGAAGUACAUUUCUUAACCUUCAAAGAACUCUUAUCUUGGAUAAUCAAACACACACAGCUGCUGGAAUUAUUUGCAGUCACGGUUUGGUCCAUUUGGAACCAGCGAAACCGAGUGCGGCUUAACCAAACAGCAGAUGCCAUCCAUUAG